AUGAAAUCUCACAAACUGCUAAACUACCAAUUCCUCAAGCACAACCUCAAAACUGGCAAUAUUAUUACCCACAACACUAACAAACCUCAUUCGCAUGCGGUACUCUUCUCAACAAUACCAAACCCAAGCAUUGACAAACCACAAUCCCAAACUCUGUCUCCAAGCAUUCCCGCAGAGCUCACCCGAGAAAAGUUACUUGAUUCUAUACAUUCUUCUCAGUGGCAUUUUGUCAGACACCUUGCAGACAAAAUAACUCCUUCACUUAUUUCCACUACUCUAAUUAAUCUCCAUAAAACCCCUGAUUUAGCCUUCCAGUUUGUAACCCAGAUUGGAUUUAAUGGUCUUGAUAUCAAAAGCAAGUGUCUUGCUAUGGCGGUAAUCGCUCACGCACCAAACCCAAAACCCACAUUCCAGCUCUUGAAAGAAACUAUUAGUCGUGGGGUUUAUAGCAUCAGGGAGGUUUUUAGUGAGCUGGGAGUAGCAAGUGAUGUGUUAGGAAGUAAAAGUUACGUGCUUUAUGACUUGUUGAUAAGGACUUGUUGUGAAUUAAAGAGAGGUGAUGAAGCAUUUGAAUGUUUUGAUAUGAUGAAGGGAAAGGGUCUAAUUCCUCAUGUUCAUGCUUGUAAUGAUAUGUUGAGUUUGUUUUUGAAGUUGAAUUGGACGGAGAAGGCAUGGGUUUUGUAUGCAGAGAUGUUUAGGUUGAGGAUUAAAUCAAGUGUUGUUACAUUUAAUAUAAUGAUUAAUGUGUUAUGUAAGGAAGGGAAGUUGAAGAAGGCUAAGGAGUUUAUUGGGUUUAUGGAGGGCUUGGGGAUUAAACCUAAUGUUGUUACAUAUAAUACCAUAAUUCAUGGAUAUUGUUCAAGAGGGAGGGUUGAAGGUGCUCGUAUGAUUUUUGAUAUAAUGAAGUGUCGAGGGGUUAAACCGGAUUCUUACACUUAUGGUUCAUUUAUUGGUGGGAUGUGUAAAGAAGGAAAACUUGAGGAGGCAUCUGGGAUGCUUGAGAAGAUGAAAGAAAUCGGGUUGCGACCAACAGCUGUGACUUAUAAUACUUUGAUUGAUGGGUAUUGCAAUAAAGGAAGUUUGGAGAUGGCUUUUGGCUAUAGGGAUGAGAUGGUAAAGGAGGGUAUAAUGCCCACUGUUUCAACUUAUAAUAUGCUGAUUCAUGCAUUGUUUUUGGAUGGUAAGACGAAUGAAGUUGAUGAUAUUUUAAAUGAUAUGAGAGAGAAGGGGCUGGUUCCUGAUACUAUAACGUACAACAUACUAAUAAAUGGACAUUGCAGAGGUGGUAACAUAAAGAAGGCAUUUAACCUGCAUGAUGAAAUGAUGACCAAACGGAUUCAGCCUACCCGUUUAACUUAUACGUCGCUGAUUUAUGUUUUGAGUAAGCGGCAUAGAAUGAAACAGGCUGAUGGCCUGUUUGAAAAGAUAGUCCGUCAAGGCAUUUUCCCAGAUCUCAUAAUGUUCAAUGCUUUGAUUGAUGGUCACUGUGCAAAUGGGAAUAUGGACCGUGCGUUUGCAUUGUUGAAGGAGAUGGAGCAAAUGAAAGUUGUUCCUGAUGAAGUGACUUACAAUACCCUAAUGCAAGGACUUUGCAGGAAGGGCAAAGUUGAAGAAGCUCGUGAGCUGCUUGAAGAGAUGAAGAGCAGGGGUGGGUACAGUAAGAGAGGUGAUACGAAGGAUGCCUUUAGAGUUCGGGAUGAAAUGUUGAGUAUAGGAUUCAAUCCUACACUUCUCACUUACAAUGCCCUGAUACAAGGUUUAUGCAAAAACCAGGAAGGAGAUCACGCUGAACAGCUCCUCAAAGAAAUGGUUAGCAAAGGCAUUACUCCUGAUGAUAGCACCUAUUUGUCUUUGAUUGAGGGGAUAGGGAAUGUUGAGGAAUUUUUGGGAAGAAGUAAUUCAUAG